AAUGAAGAGAAAGAUUCACGAAUCCUGGGUCAUUAAAAUGGUUCUGGUUAUUAAAUCUGAAUAAAUUCGGAUUCUUUUUAAUUCCUGGAUUUACUACUUGAGCUACACAAAUCUAAAACAUAUCAGAAGAGUCGAUAUUAUUAUAAGAGCAGGACCGUUGGCCUAAAAUGUAGAUCCGCGUCAGCAGAUUCGCCUCUAUACAUCACGCCUUAUUUUUUUCUUUACUUAAUGUUCAUUAAUAUCAAGGAUUUCAUACUGAACACAAGCCAUUUCAUUUGUUUGACGUGUUUUUUUGUUUAUUUGUUUUUUUACACGCCUGACUGUUACGAAUCUGCCAUUCGGAUCGUCAAAUGACUGCUUGUCGUUUGUUUGUUUGCGCGCGCGAGCUGAGGGGUAAAAGGGGAAGAUUUCAGUUCAUAAUUAUUCGUACAAUCGUUUUUUAAUUAACGACAGGAUUUGUAUAUUUUGUAAUGUGUAAAAUCCGCAGUGGUGCUUUUUUAAAAUUUUUUAAAGGUUUUAACAGCUGAAAACAGCGUAGGGUUUGUUUACACGAGAGAAAGGGAUAGAAAGAGGGAUAUAUAGAGUGAGGGAUAUAGAGAUAUAGACACAGGGAAAGAGGGAUAGAGAGAGUGAUAAAGGAAAAGAAAGAGAUCUUUUUUUUAUUCAAAAUUUCUUGUGUUUACGUUUAUACAAAUGGAUCGACCAUCGAGGCAAAAGAAAGCCAUCAAUUACUCCGACUUCUUGAAUGAUGAUGAUGAUGAGGACUUUGCCACGGCGAAACCGCCUCCGAACAAAAAAGCUCGGGCUUCUGAGAAGGAAUGUCCGGAGGACAAAACCAGGAAAUGUGAAAUCCUCGAUUCAGCAGCAAAAGAACACAAAGAGAGAGUGUCGCUGGAUGAAAGGCUGAGCAGGAGAGAUUUAGAAACUGCUCUCAUUCUUUCUCGGCUCCAGUCUACAGUAACGUCCGCAGAGGAGCCGCUCGGAAGUUGUCGAGAUGAGAAGUCGGAGCCUCCGGUGCUGACACACUACAGUGCAGAUGGCAGCUGCUUUGAUGAAGCUCCGCCCUGCAACACUUCCAAAGACACGCCCCCUCUGCUGUCAAACUGUAGCGUGGACGUCCAAUGCAUGGGAUCAGAUAACAUCACUAGUGAGCAGACACCUUCGUCUGGCGUCUCCACAAAAACGCAACAGAGGUGUCCGUCGCAGGACGAAGAAUACAGACCUCGAAACACAGCCGAGAGCGACUCGGAGUUCAGUGACGAGAGUGAGGAUGAAGAGUACACGGUGAAAAGGAAACGAGAGAACGUGAAAAGGGCCAAGAGUGAGAAAAAGGCAUCACCGAAAACAGCAAAGAAAGAGAAGAAGCCAGCGAAGGUGCCUAAAACCAAAACGCAGGCCAGAGGCAAAGACACAGCACUCAGUAGUCCAGGGGUCAGGAGUCCAGCUGCUGGUCAGCGUUUCUCAGCACCAAACAGAACUCCCACCACCCCUCCCAUGUCCAAAUCUGCCCUCCAUACCAGCCCUGGUUGCGGCAAAAUGCCAAAAUGGACUCCUCCUGGUCUGGUAGGAAGAAGUCCUAGUUCUUGUGAGAGUCCUCCGGUGAAGUCUCCCGGACUCGGUCUACGGUUAGGACUGUCUCGCCUGGCGCGUGUAAAACCCCUGCACCCCAACACAGUGGCACAUUAGAAUCUUUUAUUCUUUACAAAUUAAUUCUAUUAAAGGUAAUCUGUAUAUUAUGCAUCCAUGUGUCUAGAUCUCUUUUUAUGCCUAAAUAAUUGUUUUUUUAUUAAAAAUCUGACAAUUUUA